UAUCGGCAUCGCACCCCACCCAUGAUGUUCGGCUCCAUCUGCCGGCGGCGGCUCCUCUUCCGAAUCCAUCAAAUCCCUGGAGGUGGAGGUGGCGGUGGCGGCGGCGGCGGCGGCACAAAUCCCCUCCAGUCCAUCCCUCCCGCCCGCAACAGCUACUCCUCGUCCGCCGUCGCCGAUGUCUCCAACUCGGAGCCCUGCCCCGACACCGUUUCCUACCUCAUCUCGUGCGGCCUCUCCCCCACCGCCGCCGCCGCGGCCACCACCGGUCAACGCCUCCGCAUCUGUUCCACCGACAAGGCCGACGCCGUGUGUGCACUCCUCAGGCAUUAUGGCUUCGCCAACGCGGACAUCCUCCGGAUCGUGCGCAGCGCCUCGGUGCUUCUCCUAGUCGACCCCGAAAGGAUCCUCCGUCCCAAGCUCGACUUCUUCGCCUCCCUCGGCUUCAAGCCCCGCAAGCUCGCCACCGCACCUUUCCUCCUCGCGCGCAGCCUCGACAAGCACCUCGUCCCCUCCAUCCAGUUCCUCCGCGGCAUCAUCGGCAGCGACGACCACCUCCGCCAAGCUCUCCACCGCCAACCCCGCACCCUCUCCAGCGACCUCGAGACCAGCAUGCGCCCCGCCGUGGAAGCCCUCCGCCGCGGCGGCCUUACCGAGGCUGCCAUUUCGAAGCUCCUCGUCAUCAACCUGUGCGUGCUCAGGUUGUCGCCGGAUCGGAUACGCAAAGUCUUCGAGGACCUCAAGGAGAUCGGUAUGUGCAUCGCGGACUCGCAAUCCCUCUACUGCUUCGGUGUGAUGUGCACCCUCAAGAGAGAGACGUGGCUUCGAAAGCUGGAACUGUACACAAGCUUUGGGCUGUCGGAGGGCGAGGUGUUCAGCGCCUUCAAGACCCAGCCCACCAUGCUGGCUUUGGCCGAUGACAACAUAGAAAAGAAGGUCCGGUUCUUGCUGGACGAGCUCAAGCUUGGAAUACAUGCUAUAAUGUCGCGGCCUGUGAUUCUAUGUUAUAGCUUGGACAAGUGCAUCCUGCCGAGGUGCGCCGUGCUGAGCGUGCUGAUGAGGGAGGGGAGGAUCCAGAGAGAAAUCAAAUUGCCUCAGGCGUUGCUCGGCACUUCCAGGGAAUUCUCGACCAAAUACGUAUUGAAGCAUGCCGAUGAGAUUCCAGAUGUUGUUAAGGCAUACGAGGGUAAGAUCAAAUUUGAAGGAUUCGGAUGUGACACAUGACUUUAUGUUCGAUAGCCCGGUUCUUCCCUUAUGAGACGGUAUAACUCUAGAUUAUUAGGCUUUAUGUUCCUAUCCUACCGCUGUGAUUAAAUAUAUCAAAUCAUGACCCAUGCAUGAUUCUAACUCUGCUUCAGAGAACAAAUUAUUUCCCCUAUUGAUGGUCCAUGUGGACUCGGUAUCAUCUACAUUUGUAGUUUAGCAGCUGCUAUUUUGCGUCCCGUGGCCUAUUAAAAUAUAGAAGCGUAGCAGAUGAUGAUUGUGCCUUCAUAUUAAAGUUCCCUCAUUUCUCAUGCUGACUUGGUUCUUUUACUUUUUCAUCGAUUAUCCCAAUAUGUUAUGAUUUACGCAAACGAUUGAACUCGGUUUUAAUUUAUAUUCCACAACUCACCUGAAGUAUCUUUGGAUUUUCUCAAAUAAAUAAAAUUAUCGCUUUAUCGAAAGUUGAGAACAUCCAUGUCUUACUUUCUCUCGGCCUGAAUGUAAUGCAAGUGAGUAAUGUGCACCGACAGAUUUUUUGUGUGUAGGUAUGUUAAAGCCAUUUCUAAGUUCAAACUUGUAGUUCCGUGCACAGAAUGGCUUAUCUGGCUGGGAUGAACUGGUUUGAAAUAUUCAUCUGUUUAUGUACAGUAAUUAAUGUUACAUCUGGAAAUUUCUAGUCUGCAGCAUGUCUUCAUUUUUCGACAUUGACACUCACUCUUGAAGUUGACAGAUGGUCAUUGUGGACACAAGGUGAUUAAUUUCUUUUAUGUUGCAUUUUUGCAAAUAUAGAAAGUUUAUAGUUAAUAACAUCACAACAUCAGGAAUGCCUGUAAAGCCUGUCAACUUGUCUAACUUGUUAUACAUCACCAAAUGAAUGGUUAUCCUUUUUGAUCGAUUGUCCCAAUAUGUUUUGAUUUGUUCAAAGGAUUGAAUUCGGUUUUACAUUGUGUUCCACAACUCACCUGAAGUAUCUUUGAUUUUUCAAAUAAAUAAAUGCAUCGAUUUAUCGAAAGUUGAGAACAUCCAUGUCUUACUUUCUCUCUGCCUGGAUGUAAUGCUAGUGAGUAAGGCACACC